AUGUCUACCCCGGUCUCCCCCUCCCCCUCCCUCUCCCCGUUGACACUGGCCUCCCCUACAUCGGCAACCUCCCCCGGUGCCUCCCCUCUGCCCUCGCCCCUAUCCCCUCCACCCAGGGUGCCCGUGUUCCAGAGGAAGGGAGCGCUCAAACACAAGAGGAUUGUGGAAGUUAAAGACCAUCAGUUCACGGCCCGCUUCUUCAAACAGCCCACCUUCUGCAGCCACUGCACCGACUUCAUCUGGGGCAUCGGCAAACAGGGAUUCCAAUGUCAAGUUUGCAGUUUUGUGGUCCACAAAAGAUGUCACGAGUUUGUGACCUUCACUUGUCCUGGCUCUGUGACAGGCCCCAAACCAGAUGACCUGAAGAGUCAACACACAUUUAAGGUCCAGACUUACUCCAGUCCCACCUUCUGCGACCACUGCGGCUCGUUGCUGUACGGCCUCAUACACCAGGGCAUGAAAUGUUCCAGUUGUGACAUGAACGUCCAUCGACGGUGUGAGACAAGUGUUCCCAGUCUCUGUGGACAAGACCAUACAGAGAAGAGAGGAAGGAUCCACCUGACUAUCAGAGGAGAGUCUGAGGAAGUCUUUGUAACAGUGCGGGAGGCUCGUAACCUGAUGCCCAUGGAUCCAAACGGCCUGUCAGACCCGUAUGUUAAACUGAAAUUGAUUCCGGACCCCAAGAGCCACAGCAAACAGAAGACCAAGACCAUCCGCUCAACACUCAAUCCCGUCUGGAAUGAGAGUUUCACCUUCUCAGUGCGCGGUCACCAGUGGGACAGGCGACUGUCUGUGGAGGUAUGGGACUGGGACCGCACAUCUAGGAACGAUUUCAUGGGAGCGCUGUCAUUUGGAGUGAGUGAGAUCUUCAGGCGUCCUAUCAGCGGCUGGUUCAAACUGCUGGCCCAAGAUGAGGGAGAGUACUACAACAUCCCCGUGCCAGACCCAGACCUGCAGGUAGGAAACUUUACUCCACCAGACGCCCCAACACCAUCCCUGCCUCAAGCGAUACCUGUCCCGCUGUCUGAAGUGUUCCCUGUGGCUCUGUCCCCGACCCCUGUACCGUGUCCUCCUGUCCACACCCCAGGCCCUGCCAAAGUCAGAGUGGGCAUCCAUGACUUCAACUUCCUCAUGGUGCUGGGCAAAGGCAGCUUUGGCAAGGUGCUGCUGGCAGAGGAGCGAGGCAGCGAGCGUCUGUUCGCAGUGAAAGUGUUGAAGAAAGACGUUCUCUUCCAGGACGAGGACACGGAGAGCGCCCUGGUGGAGAGGAGGGUUCUGGCGCUUUCCUCUCGCCCUCACUUCCUCACAUCACUCUACUGCGCCUUCCAGACUGAGGACCGUCUUUAUUAUGUGAUGGAAUAUGUCAACGGAGGAGACCUGAUGUUUCACAUCCAGAUAGUUGGCAAGUUCAAAGAGCCUCAUGCAGCGUUUUAUGCAGCAGAGAUAGCGGUCGGCCUCUUCUUCCUCCACAGCAAAGGCAUCAUCUACAGGGAUCUAAAGCUGGAUAAUGUGCUGCUUGACAGUGAGGGCCACAUAAAGAUAGCUGACUUCGGGAUGUGCAGGGAGGGCAUGUUUGAGGGCGACACCACGCGCACAUUCUGCGGCACCCCUGACUACAUCGCCCCUGAGAUUGUGGCAUAUCAGCCUUAUGAUAAAGCGGUAGACUGGUGGUCCUAUGGAGUACUGCUGUAUGAAAUGCUGGCAGGACAGGUACAUUUCCCGUGUAUUGAAGAGGAGGAGCUGUUUCAGUCCAUUAUGGAGCAGUGUGUCUCAUACCCGAAAAGUCUCUCUCGUGAAGCUGUUGCUAUCUGCAAGGGACUCCUGACGAAGAACCCGGCCAAGCGUCUUGGUGAAGGAGAAGAAGGAGAGAGAGAAAUCAGGGAACAUCCAUUCUUCCGCUGGAUUGACUGGGACCGUCUGGAGAGAUUGGAGAUCCAGGCGCCCUUCAAACCCAGAACUGGUGGGAAAAAAGGUGAAAAUUUCGACAAGUUCUUCACAGCAGCUCCGUCAGUGCUCACCCCGUCUGACCCGGAUAUACUCGCAGCUAUAAAUCAGGAAGACUUCCAGGGCUUCUCCUUCCUAAACCCAGACUUUGCCCCAUCGCCUCUCACCGCUGUUUGAAAAUGGCUCCCCAACCUGCUCCAACAACCCCUCCAAGUGUACCCAAGCUACCCUGUUACCCUCCGUAAUAGUAGUUUUAUAACAGAAUUUGAACUAGCAGUAUUAAAGACACCUCUCAUAACCAAAUCCUAACGUUUACAUAAAAAUGCCAAGACACCUUUAUAUUCAUGCACUCUCUUUGAUGUAUGUAUUUUAUCUUGAUAGUCACACAAUAUGUUGCAGCAAUGCAAACAAAGCCAGUAUUCUACUAUUCCAUCUUAGAGUUUUUUGUAAGGCAUCCCUUAACUUGAUAUAAGAGUACUUUAGUAUAAACCUGAAAAAUGAAUCUCUUUGCAUGCAAUGUUUUUAGAAUGAAUUCCUCUGACACACUAGUUUUCUAUAGCAUAGAUUAGCCAAGAAAAUAUACCUGUAUAACUUUACAACCAAUUAAUUUAAAACUUUUCCCAUUACAUUGAUUAGAAUCAUUUUGUGUUGUAAGAAGACGGUAGGCAAAACAAGUCACUUUUUAAUCAUUUUGCAGUUCAUACACACAAAUAAAAAUGUUUCUUAGCAGGUAUAUUCCAGUCGAACAUUGCGUUUAUACACAGUACAGUAAUUCAGCACCAGGAGCACUAUAAUAUGUCUAUUCUAAAUAUCUAUCUUACUCUGUUUGUGUGUGUGUGAGUGUUUGACUGUGACGCAAACUGAGCGAGUAGCCUUUUUAUUUCAUUAGACUGGCAGCCUGUGGAUUCCUCUGGCCUGGCCCGGCCUCUCAUUUUAACGUCACACUGGUGACCUCAGAUGACCCGCUGAGACGCUGAAACAAUGCAGCGGGCACAGUUAAUGUGACAGUUAAUGUGGCUACAGCGCUGCCCCCCAGCUCAUGCCCACUCUGUCUGACUCUAUUAUCACUGAGAGGAAGUCCUCACAUUACUGCCACAGUUUGGGCUGCAUCAUUUCUCUGUUAUUG